UCAAACAAGUUACUGAGACAUAUGAACUAAAAGUCCAACAUAAAACCAAACCCUAAAUUCCAAUUCUCUUAAUUUUCUCUUACUUUUAUAACCUUCUUCUUCUUGUUCUUGAUCCAUGUCUGAAGAUCAUCACACCAGAGACUUUUACUACCAUACUUCUAAUUUCCAUGAAGAUCCUCAUCAAUCCAAUCUUACAUCAAUUUAUGAUGUUUCCACUACAACACAAGGAUUUGAAUAUCCUUCUUCUUCUUCUUACAUGAGCUUCACAGAUUGUCUCCAUGGAUCCAUGGACUAUAAUUCUCUUUCGAAAGCUUUCGCCAUGUCGCCUUCUUCGUCCGAGGUUUUUUCAUCUGUUGAAGGCAAUAAUAACAAUAAUCCAAAUAAUAAUAAGGCUAUGGAGAUUGGUGGAAAUUCUGAGAAUCCAGUCACUCCAAAUUCUUCUGUUUCUUUCUCUUCAAGUGAAGCUUGUGGUGGUGGUGGUGAAGAAGAUUCUGAUAAGACAAGAAAAACCAAGAAACAAAACCACCUCAAAGGGGAUGAAAAUGGAGGAGAAUGUUCCAACAAAGAGGGAAAUAAGGGAAAGAAAAAAGGAGAAAAAAGGCAAAGAGAACCAAGAUUUGCAUUCAUGACAAAAAGUGAGGUUGAUCAUCUAGAAGAUGGCUAUAGAUGGAGAAAAUAUGGUCAGAAAGCUGUUAAGAAUAGUCCUUAUCCAAGGAGCUACUACAGAUGCACAACUCAGAAAUGCACUGUAAAGAAAAGGGUAGAAAGGUCAUUUCAAGAUCCGUCGAUAGUGAUUACAACAUACGAAGGACAACAUAAUCAUCCACUUCCUGCAACUUUGAGAGGUCAUGCAGCUGCUAUAUUCUCACAUUCUAUGCUUACACCAGCUAAUCCAAUGGCAAUUAGGCCUACUAAUUUCCCUCAAGAUUUCUUGCUUCAAAUGCCUCAUCAUUUAAGCAAUAAUCAAGCCUCUAUUUAUCAACAGACUGGUAAUAAUAAUCAGCAUCUUCAUCCUCAGUCUCAUCAUCAACAGGUUCCUGAUUAUGGUCUUUUGCAAGACAUAGUUCCUUCUAUGUUUUUUAAACAUGAAGAGUCAUGAGUUAUUACUAUUUAGUAAUCUCUCCGGUAAUUGAUUCUCGGAAUUACUAAACCAUCAUCUUAUUUCAUUUUGGUGACUAAUUUUUAAUUUAUUUUAUUUGGAUUAUUGAGCUGUAGUUUCAUUCCAACGGAAGGUUUUCAUAUUAAAAUACAUACGUGCUAAUCGGCUUUUGUUUAUUUUUAUCUGAAAAUUUACGUAUGCAUAACUUGGUAUCAAAACCUCAUGCUGAAAUGAAAUUAAAGUUUAGUAAUUGAAAUGAAAAUUUAGUCAGUAAAAUGAUAUAAGAUUUUAGUAAUUCCGAAAAUCGAUUACCCUAAUUUUCUCAUUGUAAAUACUUCAUCAUCGCCACUUUUUAGCUGGCUAGGUUUCGUACUCUUCUGUUCUUGAUCUUUAAUUAGCACCCACUUGAAGUUUUAUUUAGAAGGGGACCAUUUUCAUAUGAAGUGAUUUGCUAUAGAGAGCUGCUGUUAACAAUGAGAUUUGUUUUACAAUAUCAAGAAGAUCGAUGAGGUCAACCCAGCAGUGGUUUUUCAAAAACCUAGCAUGCAUUGAUUGUUUUUUUCCCUCUUCUUCUAAUUAUUGUAUUGAAGUGCUUCAAUCCUUUUAAGGAUUUUUUUUUAUAUAUAUACAUAUACUUUGUUUAUGAA